AGAUAGAUAGAUAAAGUGAAAACAAUUCUUUUUGAAGGUUUUAAACAACCAAGAAAGGUUCAUAAUGGAUUCAAGAAAGUUUGAAGACGAUGAAGAUCGAAGCAUUCGAUUGCAGAUAUCAGAACUUGAGAAAUUGGAGGAAGCUAUAGGCCCAAACGACACCGUUUUCGAUCUAAGAAGCAGUGUUGAGAAAGGCGACAGCGGCGAAACCGCAGACGCAGCUUCUGUCUCAUCCGCGUUUGCGUUUCGUAGGAAAUCAACAGUCCCAGCUCCGGAGAAGAAGCUAACGCUGUUCGCUCUACAACUCGCGAUUCUCGAGAAAACCGCCACCGGAAUCGGAACCCUAGGGUUUAUCUGGGCCACGGUGGUUCUUCUCGGCGGCUUCGCAAUCACGCUCGACGGUUCCGAUUUCUGGUUCAUCACCAUCAUCCUCCUAAUCGAAGGUGCUAGAAUCUUCAGCCGAAGCCACGAGCUCGAGUGGCAACACCAAGCCACGUGGACCGUCGCCGGCGUCGGAAUCAGUAGCUUCCGCGCUCUUCGAUCAAGCUCAGCCUCGCUUCUCAGGAAUAUAAAACAAAUCAGUGGUUCGAUCUUCAAGCCACGAUCGAGGGAAACGACGACAAGAGACUGUGUCGUUAGAGAAACGACGUUUGAGACAUGGAAGAAGUCAGAUGUGCCUCUUCUUCCAUACGCUAGAUGGUUCUUCAUCUCGAGUACAGUGAGUAGGCUUCUUUACUGGCUCCAGCUUCUCUCUGCUACGGCUUGUGUGGCUCUGUCUUCUUACAAGCUUGUCAGGCAUAACUAUGGAGAUGUUCACGAAGGAGAUACGGACAAGAGGAAUAGACAGUCUGCUCUCAACAUAUUCUACUCGCUCGCCUUUGCUGAAGCCUUGCUGUUUCUUGCGGAGAAAGCUUAUUGGGAGUGGCAAGUCAGUGUUUGUAAUUUGCUUGAGAAUGUUACUAGAGAGUGUGAGUUUGGGGUUACUGGUUUGGUCUCGAUCAAGAGAUUUUUCUAUGAUUCUUAUUCAAAGUGUGUCAAUGGGAGUAUAUUUGAUGGUUUGAAGAUGGAUAUAGUGAGCUUUGGUAUGGAGCUUUUGGACUCGAACUCUUCUGAUGAACAGCUCAUUGGAGCCAGGAUUCUCAGGCAGUUUUCAGUGACUGAACGGUACUCGGAGGAUACACUUGAGAAGAUUGGAAUCAACUUUCCCGUCAUCGAAAGGUUGGUGGAGAUGUUGAACUGGAAAGAUUUGCAAGAGGAAGAGAUUAGGAGAUCAGCUGCUGAGAUACUAUCGAAACUAGCUGGUAAAAAGCAGAACUCUUUAAGGGUUGCUGGGAUCUCUGGUGCAAUGGAAUCGAUUUCAUCGUUGUUAGAGAACACUAGAUCAUCAGGUGAAGCUCCUGAUGAGAUUGGAGAGAAAAAAGUGUUCCACGACCAUAAUCUCCACUAUGAUUUCUGGAGAUUCAACAAUUUGGGCCUUUUAAUUCUGAAGAAACUAGCUAAAGAUCACGACAACUGUGGAAAACUCGGCAACACGAGAGGUCUUCUACCCAAGAUUAUUGAUUUCACACACGCAGACGAAAUUCUGUUGAGGGAUGAGAACGCUGACAUCGCGAGGUCACGGGUGCUGACACUGAAACGGUCCCUGCAGCUAGUGAAAAUGUUAGCCAGCACAACAGGGAACACAGGGAGGUGCCUCCGGAAAGAGAUCUCUGAGAUUGUAUUCACAGUUAGCAACGUGAGGGAUGUACUGAGACACGGGGCGAGAUACCCAAAGCUGCAAAAGCUAGGGAUUGGGAUCUUGACCAACCUUGCACUUGAGGCCGAAGCUAGGGAGAGAAUUGGCGGAACAGGAGGUGUUCUGAAAGAGUUAUUCAACAUAUUUUUUAAACGGGAAACACACAGGGACGAGGGAAAUGAGGGAUGUGUGAGGAUUGCUGCAGGAGAAGCGAUAGCAAUGCUUGUGUUGGAGAGCAAGAGUAACUGCCUCCAUGUUCUUAGGCUUGGGGUUAUGGGAAGACUUGUGGAAGCACUUGAAGUUCCUUCUAUCCGUGUAAAUGCUGCAAGAGUGUUGAGAAACUUGUGCUUAUACUCUGGGGAUGAUUGCUAUCAUGACCUAAAGUUCGUUAAAGCAGCAGCACCAACGGUGUUAAAGUCAAUAACAUCAGAAGACAACAAAUUACAGGAAGUGAUGGUGGGAUUAGCAGCACAAGUGUUUAGAUUCAUGAGUUCGAAAGAGUCGGGGUAUGUUUUCAUGGAUUCAGGAAUCAAGAGGCGUGAACUGGCAUACUCAUUAGUCUCGAUUCUGAAAAAGCACGACAAGCCAGCGAUUAAGGUUCCAAGAAUCAGGAGGUUUGUGAUCGAGCUGGUGAUUUGGAUGAUGGAAGAUGAUGUGGAGAAUAGUGUAACAGUGUUUAGAGAGCUGGGUCUGAAGACAGAGCUUGAGAAGGUUCUAGAAACUACGGCUGAGCUUGAGAACUUCGAUGUUUUCUCUGGUACUGUUGGACUAAGCCGUCAUAGCAGAACAGUCCAUUCUCUAGCCGAGCUAGCCUUGAAAAUUCUUGAGGAUUUCUGAACCAUACACGAUCAUCCUGCAAAAAUAUCUCAAAGCUCUGCAGUUAUAGCUGUAAAUAUAUGAUUCAUUGUUUUGUAAGAAGAAUGAAUUACAAUGUACAAUCAUGCAAGAUAUUCUUUAAUUUAUUGGUUUAAAUUUUACAAUA